ACAAUCGAGCAAAUAGUAUCCAUUCGAUUUGAACUAUCAAUAGAAUAACAAUUUAACAAAAUGAAAUUCAUCAUUGUCUUCGCUGCUCUCUUCGCCGUUGCUUUGGCUGCUCCCCGUCCUGAAGAUGCCGUCGUCUUGAAAUCCGAAUCUGAAGUUGGCCCCGAAUCCUUCCAAUAUGCUUAUGCUACCAGCGAUGGUGUUGAAGCUGAAGCUCAAGGUCAAUUGAAGAACGUUGGUACUGAUGAAGAAGCUAUCGUCGUCAAGGGCUCUUUCUCCUUCGUUGCUGAUGAUGGUCAAACCUACACCGUCAACUAUGUUGCUGAUGAAAACGGUUUCCAACCCCAAGGUGCCCAUUUGCCCGUUGCCCCCGAAGCUUAAGUCUCCUUAAUAAAUCUUUGUUAAAUUGUUAAAAUGCCUUAGUUUUUUAAGGAAAAUAAAUUGAAAAAAAAUCUUUUUUUU